CCCAGGUUCCAGCCUUCCACCCACUCACUCUCCCUUUGCUUGGAUCUGAAAGCCGAGUUUCCAAGACCUUUGACUUUCUUGAUCCCCAGACUCCUUUCAAGCAUUUCUUCAGACCCAUGGGACUCUGAGCAUAUCUACACGGAAUCUACACAAUCAACUCCUGCUACGGCUUUUAGACAGAGCAAUCCCAAAGAUUUCUUUUAUGAAGGAGUUUGCGCAAGGUCACUUUUGGUGAGACAACCUCACAGCCUCUCAACUCUACAGUCAAAGCAACUCUUCUAACUCAAUUCCAAUCACUCACUCGCGCACUCAUUUAUCUCAGACUCCCAGCCUCAGUACUGGGCCUCACUGAUUGGCUGGUGCCGAGUGACGUCCUCAAAUCGCGACUCUGGCGGAGGGCCAUGAGGAUAUGAGGUUUGGCGGCCACAGCUGGCUCCGCGCUUUCUGGCCGUGGCGCUGCCGCCUCCGUCACCUCAGCUUUGCAAGGACUUGGAGUGGCUGUAAGGGUCCGAUGGCGGAAACUCUCUCGACUGGGCUUGAGGCAGCAGGCGAACUGAGAGAUCCGGCUCAGCAAAACGGAGACGCUGGUGGCGAGGCGAAGGGUGAGGGGCUCCCAGGGCACCCAGAGCCGGCGGCCCCAGGAGUGGAGCGGACCCCAGGAGGCAGCGAGCAGGCUUCGGCUGCAGCCCGGGGCCCAGGCAAGCGGAAGAAGCGGCGGGGCGCAGCCGGAGAGCGCGUCGUGCCGCCCCCGAAGAAGCGACGGGCUGGGGUGAGCUUCGGUGAUGAGCACUUUGCAGAGACCAGCUACUAUUUCGAGGGCGGCCUUCGCAAGGUGCGGCCCUAUUACUUCGACUUCCGGACCUACUGCAAAGGUCGAUGGGUGGGUCACAGCUUGCUGCAUGUCUUCAGCACCGAGUUCCGAGCCCAGCCCCUGGCUUACUACGAGGCCGCCGUCCGGGCGGGCCGCCUGCACCUCAACGAGGAGCCGGUACAGGACCUCAGCAUCGUGCUUAAGGACAAUGAUUUCUUGCGGAACACAGUGCACAGGCAUGAGCCACCAGUCACAGCAGAGCCUAUUCGCCUACUAGCUGAGAAUGAAGAUAUGGUGGUUGUAGACAAGCCUUCCUCCAUUCCUGUCCACCCCUGUGGCCGCUUCCGACACAACACAGUCAUAUUCAUCCUGGGCAAGGAGCACCAACUCAAGGAGCUACACCCACUGCAUCGGCUUGAUCGCCUUACCUCUGGGGUACUCAUGUUUGCCAAGACAGCUGCAGUCUCUGAGAGAAUUCAUGAGCAGGUUCGGGACCGGCAGCUGGAGAAGGAAUAUGUGUGCCGUGUGGAAGGGGAGUUCCCCGCCAAGGAAGUGACCUGCAAGGAACCCAUCUUAGUGGUGUCUUACAAGGUCGGGGUAUGCCGUGUAGAUCCCCGGGGCAAGCCCUGUGAGACAGUGUUCCAGAGGCUAAGCUACAAUGGCCACUCCAGUGUGGUACGGUGCCGGCCACUUACAGGACGUACCCACCAGAUCCGAGUCCACCUUCAGUUCCUGGGCCACCCCAUUCUCAAUGACCCUAUCUACAACUCAGUUGCCUGGGGUCCUUCCCGAGGCCGGGGCGGCCACAUUCCCAAGACAGAUGAGGAACUGCUGCGGGACCUGGUGGCAGAGCACCAGGCCAAACAGAGCCUGGAUGUGCUAGAUCUCUGUGAGGGUGACCUGUCCCCAGGACUCACAGACUCUACAGCCACCUCUUCAGAGAUGGGCAAGAACAGCCUGGAAGAGGCUGCAGCCGCCCAGAAGAUGGAUGGAGUAGUUGAAUCAGCCUCUAAGGAUCUGGACACAAUGGCCUUGGCACCAGAGAAGGCAGCUGAAAAAGAUGUUAUGAAUCAAGAGACAGACCCACUCUGUGCAGAGUGCCAGUUGGUACGACAGGAUCCUUUGCCCCAGGACCUUGUGAUGUUCCUACAUGCCCUAAACUAUAAAGGGCCAGGCUUUGAGUACUUUUCACCCAUGCCUGCCUGGGCACAGGAUAACUGGCAAGAAGACUGAGGGCUGUGGCCAAGGAGGGACUGCUCCUUGGAUUGGGACAGGGAUAGGCCAUAGGGCAGAGGCCGACCCCAUGGGCUGGUGCUCUGGGUUUUUAUAGGAGUGAAGUUGGGCUCUAACAGAAAACUAUUCGUAUACUGCUACCCCUCUUUCCCUCCACUGAGGUUUGGAACUUGGUCGUAGUUUAUAAUAUAUC